CCGGAAAUCAACAAACGAGUGUGAACGUGCACCUUACUCCGCAUAUUUAGUGUAUUUUCAUAUGAAAUUAUACUACAGAGUCCCUAGGGCUCAGCUGAUCUUGGUGAUGCCCCCAGUGGAGAUCUCAUCUCAAUCGAUCAGACCGAGACUCUUCGUGUCAACUCGGCCUCCCUCAGUACCAUGAGAUCAAGGGUAGAAAAGACCUGCUGUCACACUCUCAUCUGUGUGUGUGUGUGUGUUUGUUUUUCUCACAGCAGAAGUGUGUCCAUACCCCAGUAACUGCACAGAAGUGGAAAAGGAAUGACGUCUUGCCCAUGACAGCCAGGGGAUUUUGAAUGUCCUUUCUGGUGGUUGUGUGAACGCAUGGCUGAAGCUGAAAAGGCUCCACUCUGACGUGCCAUCAUGGUCCGCCUCACCACGGAUCUGAUUGCCAAAUCCUGCAACCAUUUCAAACACAGGAGAAGCUCCUUCCCACAAUAUCUCAAGAAACUCACUCACCUGAACUUCUCCAAUAAAAACAUAGAAGAAAUUGACGAUCUCUCCAUGUGUCAAAACCUCACCGUCCUCUACUUGUAUGACAACAACAUCACCCGGAUCUGCAACCUGGGCUUUGCCUCCAACCUCUCCCAUCUGUACAUGCAGAACAAUAACAUCAGUCACAUAGAGAACCUCUCUGGCCUGAAGAAGCUCUCUAAACUUUACCUUGGGGGAAACAGCAUCACUGUGUUGGAGGGGUUAGAGGAGCUGGUAGAGCUGGAGGAGCUCCACUUGGAAGGCCAAAGACUACCCUGCGGAGAGAAGCUGCUCUUUGACCCCAGGACUCUCCUCUGCCUUGCUGAAUGUUUGACUGUCUUAAAUAUCAACAAGAACAACAUAGAUGAAAUCAGAGACCUUGCCGUUCUAAAGAAACUUACACAUUUCUUUGCUGCAGAAAACCAACUACAGGACAUGCAGGAGUUGGAGGAGGUGUUAAGCCAAUGGCCGCAACUGCGUCGAAUGGAUUUGAGUGGAAAUCCUGUCUGCUGCAAACCCAAGUACAGAGACAAUCUGAUCACUGUGUGCCUGGGACUGGACGAACUCGACGGGAAGGAAAUCACAGAGUUGUCCAGGCAGUUCCUGAUUAACUGGAAAGCUUCAAGAGAGGCAAAGAAGAAACUGAAGGAUGAAAGAAUCAUGAGCGGGCCGUUCACCUAUCCCUUUACUGCAGACUUAAACAUGGCUCCCCAUCCUUCAUACAACGAUGACCACGCCAACUUCCUGGACCAGAAGAAGCCUCUGGAGGGUUGGCGAUCCAAUGGGGAGGUCUGCUCAGAGCACCCGCUACUAGACCGCAGAAGAAUGAGGCCACGGAACGUGAAGAUGGCUGUUAGCACAGGCCUGCUUAGAGAUGUGGACGACUCUGCUAACGUUUGACACCCCAGCUCCACCAACACACACACACGCACGCACACACACACACACCCAAACACACCAGUGACACUCUAACAGCUCCACCAACACACACUCCUACGACCCUGUCAGCCCCGAACCUAACCAUUACAGACUGCCACUUCUGUCACCACACAUCAUGAGCAGACCGUGGCUCAGUAGGAAAGACUAGUGUGGUUCUGCCAGGACAGAUGAUCUGCAGUAGAACCACUUUAAGGUUAGAAUAUAGAAAUACACUUUUUGGCUGUUGAACUGAUUUGACUCUCUGAAAGUGUAGUCAGAUAUUAAGUCUUGCGGUGACAUUUAUUUUUAGCUUUCAAAUAUUUUUGUUAAAUAUUUUUGUUGUUUCUAUUUUGAUGUUUGUGUGUACCUGAGCUAUCUUGAUAAGACUUUUAAGAUACCUGGAUUUUAUGUUGUAAGGUUUUACAGUGCAAGAUUGAA